AUGCAACCUACGUCAGAGGAAUGGCGGACGGCGUAAACAGGGAGAAGUUUCCUCUGUAUGUGGAAUAAAAAGAUGAAUACAGUGGAGUGUGAGCGCUCGGACAGUCUGGAGGGCUGGGUGGCCGUUAAAAGCGACGCUUUUGAAGAAGCAGAGACGGUUAAACUGGGCUUCCUUGUCCAGUGGAACGUUAUCGAGUCGAAAUUCGCCGUCACCUGCCACAACCGAAGCUUCCGGCGGAGCAAAGAUCAGCAGGUCCCCGCGGGUUCGGAGCCGCAGAGGAGCUGGGCCGGACUCUUCUCCGUCUCCGACCUCAGGCAUGUCCACCAGCAGUUAUCCGGGGUGGCGGAUGUGCUGGCCAGCUGCUUUCCGGAUCUGUCGGACUUUGAAGGAGGCACCAUAUGGGAUGUGCUGUUCCUCGGCCGGAGGUCGAGUCCGGAGGACGACCACAGGGACUUGGACACUCCGUGUCGGAAACUCGAGAAGUACCUGAGCGCAGCCAUCGACGUGUGCGGACGAACGAUAGUUCUCGACACAUUGUUCUGUCCGAACGAGCGAGAUGUCGACGAGUACUUCGAGAACCUCCAGGAGUUCAAGAAGAAGAGCAUGCAGGAGGAGGUGAAGAGGGCCAAGAGCCACCUGAGACAGCUGCUGCAGAGCCAUGGCAGUGUGGACCGAAUGGUUCUGUUGCUUACCGUUUAUCAGGAGGAGGACGAGGCCUACCACGAUUUGGUCACUGUGGCCACCACGUUUUUCCAGUACUUGCUUCAGCCGUUCAGAGACCUGAGGGAGCUGGCCUCUCUGUACAAGAUGGAGAUUCUGAAGUGUUUGCAGUUUGAAGACUUGGGUCCAAAAAGAAUUGCUGCCCUAGAGAAGGAGGCGGAGGAGUGGAGGAUGAAAGCAGAUGAAGCAGUCACCUCAAUUCAGGACAUCACUGUCACCUACUUUGCACAGACUUCAAAGGCUCUGUCUGGUAUGUUGAAGCAGAUGGAGGAGGAUAAGUGUCAUUUUGGAGCUGCUGCCUGGGCCUCUGCAGCACCCAGACUGGAGAAACUCCGCUUCCUUUUGGCCAAAGAAACUCUGCAGCAUAUGAGAGCGACAGAAAUGUGCCUGAACCGCAAGAAAGAUGGCAUCAGACAAAAGCUGGGUGGUCUGUGUGGAAGAGGCCAGGAUGGGAGAACCAAUUCUGCGUGUGAAACUGUUCAACAGCAGGACACAGUGGACCAGCUAGAGCUUCAGUUCUAUGAAAUGCAACUGGAACUCUACGACACAAAGUUUGAGAUCCUGAAAAAUGAGGAGCAGUUACUAGUGGCUCAGAUGGACACCCUACGCAGGCAGAUUAAAGAGCUCAAGGAGGAAGUGGUGUACUAUGAUGUGUGCGAGGAUCCAGAGGAGCUGCAAAGUCUGGUCCACACAACUAUUCAACAGUCGGACUCUCCCACUCUCUGUCAGCUCAGAAGACGCCUGCAGGCCCUGGAGACCAAGAGAGGCAACAUCUGUGCCCGGCGGGCAUAUCUCCGUAACAAAAAAGAUCAGUGCAUAGAGGCUCAAGAGCAAAAACGACUUACCGCUGAGCAGACUUCCAUACUUUUCACCCAGCAUCACCAGAUUCAUUUGAAACGUGAGAAGAGGAAAGAGGAAGAGCAGAGGAGGAAGCAGUGGCUGGAUCAGGAGCGAGAGAAGACACUGUGCAGAUUACGAUCCUUCAGAGAGAAGCGACCGGGUCAAUACAUUAAGACUCCUCAGUCUAAGAAGUCUUCUUCAGAGCUUUUGUGUCCGUCUCAGCCACUGUCCAUCAUCAGCCUGGAUCCCUCUUUGUCUCCUGACCGGCCCUCCGCCCGUCCUGCAAGCAGCUCUGCUAAAACACUCAAGAAACAGCAGCCUCACAAGCCCAAAGACAUCCCUGUCCACAUCUAUUCUCCACCAACCUGCCCCCCUCCACCUCCUCCACCACCACCCCCUCCCCCUCCGUUACCUCUCCCACCCAUCCGUGCUUUGCCGCGCUCCCAGGAUGCACCGAUGCCACUCAGUGAAAAAGAGGAUGCUCCUUUUCCAGCCAAGAACACGCUCAAACAAAACAUAGGAACAAUGGAUGAAGUUUUAGCCUCAUUGCACCGUGGACAGAUUCAGCUUCGAAAGGUUCCGGCUCCCGUGCCAGCAUCAUCUCCUCAUGAUGUGAGGAGCAGCCUGAUGUCCGCCAUCCGACAGGGAGUCACCCUGAAGAAGGUGGUGCCAGCACGCACUGACGUGCAGAGUGGCGGAGAGAACGAGCUGGAGCGCAGCAUCAGAGCUGCCAUGAUGAGGAUGAAGAAAGUGUCGGCAAACUCUGAUGAUGAAGAGCGAGAAGACGAGGAGAGUCCGAGCAUGGAGUGGGAGGGGUGAGGAGUGUGAGGACACACGCCGCGUGCAGACAAUACACUAAUGAAGUGCUUCCUUACAUCACCCCCUCUGCCCUUCCUCUGUGCCGCUGAGCUGCAGUGCCAAUGACAUCACAAUUUAAUUUAAUUUGACAAGUGUGGAAAUUGUUGCGUUUGUUGAAAUCCAGAGACGGAGCUGUUGAGGUUGGAGGAGGUGCAGUGUGUAA